AAAAUGCGUUCCCUCUGCCGUCAAUCAAGUCGUCUUAUUUUCAAAUCUAUCUCCGCUAGUCCAAGUAGCUUUAGACCAUGUGUGUCUGCAGCGGUACUCAGUUCGCACACUCAGCAAGUUAAGCUGAGAAACAGUCUCUCUACUGCAGUGACCAACACAGUCCCUUUCGGUGUGAUGAGGACUCAAUUAAAGGGAAGGCAGACUGGCAUCAAAGUAGCAAGGAUGAUGUCCGACUAUCCCAGUCACAUUAAGGUCACACUGCCUGCUCUGUCGCCCACAAUGGAGACAGGGUCCAUAGUCAGCUGGGAGAAGCAAGAGGGCGACGAGAUAGCAGAAGGGGACCUGCUGGCCGAAAUAGAGACAGACAAGGCAACAGUCGGCUUCGAAUCCUCCGAGAACGGAUACCUGGCCAAAAUAAUCCUCCCAGCUGGAUCUAAAGAUGUGCCUCUAGGAACUCUGGUUUGUAUCAUUGUCGAGGAAAAAGAUGAUGUAGCAGCCUUUGCAGAUUUCACUGCUGAUUCAGUUGCAGCAACACCAGCUGCUUCUCCCGCCGCUGCACCAGAACCUGCUGCAGCACCGGCCUCAGCUCCGGCCGCUGCGCCAAAAGCGGGACCUCCGGCUCAGCCAGAAAAAGCGUCCAUAAAAAUGAAGUUCUCUUCGCCUUUGGCACGCACAGUAGCCCGUCAACAGGGGGUUGAUUUGAGUCAAAUCGCUGGAAGCGGUCCCGGAGGUCGAGUGCGAGGCGGUGAUGUAGCAUCGGCGGCUACGAGUGCACCGCGACCUGCCGCGACAGCGCCUGCCGUUUCUACAGCUCCUUACGAAGACAUCCCUCUGACAUCUAUGAGGAAAGUGAUUGCGAGUCGGCUGACCCUCUCGAAACAGACAAUUCCUCAUUAUUAUCUGACAGUGGAUGUGCCAAUGGAUAAAGUGAUGGGAAUUAGGAAGAAGCUGAAUGCCAAGCUGACCGAUCACAAAAUAUCAGUUAACGAUUUCGUCAUAAAAGCCUCGGCCUUAGCGUGCAUGAAGAUCCCGGAGGUGAACAGCUCCUGGCAGGACUCCUACAUCCGCAAGUACAACUCAGUGGAUGUGAGUGUGGCAGUCAGCACAGACAGUGGACUCAUAACUCCCAUAGUAUUCGGGGCUGAGAACAUGGGCAUCAAGGCCAUAGGCCAGACAGUGGCCGAUCUGGCCAACAGGGCAAGAGAUGGGAAGCUGCAACCGUCAGAGUUCCAAGGAGGCACUUUCACGAUAUCCAAUUUGGGCAUGUUCGGAAUCGACAGCUUCUCAGCCGUGAUCAACCCGCCCCAGGCCGCCAUUUUGGCAGUGAGCGGGGCUAGAAAAGUAGUAGAGCUAGACGACGAUGAAAAACCGCACCAAUCUCACCAGAUGUCAGUUACUUUGAGUUGUGAUCACAGAGUGGUUGAUGGAGCCGUUGGCGCCCAGUGGCUGGCAGAGUUUAGAAAACUUCUGGCCGAUCCAGAAAUGAUGUUGUUAUGAGAACUAACUUGAAUUAUAUGAUAGAAGACUAAAUAGAAUUGAGGAGACUCGCAUUUAUUACAUUGAUAUUGAUAUUGACCUUAACUUUUGAAUUUCGAAGGAGAAAGACAGAUAACGGUGGCACUUGACGAGCGAUAAUAAUGUAGAUAAAAUAAAGCAAUCUGCUCUCAAGUGUAUGGCCUUUAUUUUCACUAAAUUCUAACUUGAAAACUUU